AUGCGCACAACAGUAGUGCUUAUCGGUUUCUGGUGCACAAAUAGACAGAAGCUGAAGCGAACUCAUGACGCAAUUGUGCCUGCAAAUGAUGAGGCUAGUACAUCUGGUACUUCAGUAAAUGAAGCAGAAGAAAAUGAGGUUGAACCUAGGCGUAGCAAGAGAGCUCGUAAGGAAAAAUCAUUUGGUGAUGAAUACUUAGUGGUAUUUCUCUGUGAGAAUGAGCCAAGGACAUAUUCUGAAGCCAUGUCUACACCAGAAGCAGACUUAUGGAAAGAAGCUGUAAACAGUGAAAUGGAUUCUAUUCUGCAGAACCAUACUUACAUAAUCACUGAUUUACCUCCAGGGUUUAAAGCACUAGGGUGUAGAUGGAUCUUCAAAACGAAGAUCAAAACUGAUGGAGCUAUUGAUAAGUACAAGGCAAGACUUGUGGUGCAAGGAUUCAGACAAGUUGAAGAUGGAUGUAAAACAGCUUUCCUUAAUGGUGAUUUAGAAGAGGAAAUCUACAUGAAACAACCUGAAGGUUUUGUGACACCAGGUCAAGAACACAAAGUUUGUAAACUUGUGAAAUCGCUGUAUGGACUGAAACAAGCUCCAAAGCAAUGGCAUGAAAAAUUUGACCACGUGAUGAUGUCAAAUGGAUUCAGCAUCAAUGAAUGUGACAAAUGCAUUUACGUCAAGAACACUCCCAGUGGGUACGUUUUGCUGUGCUUAUAUGUUGACGACAUGCUCAUCAUGGGCAGUAACAAGGAUAUAAUCCAACAAACCAAGAACAUGCUUAAGAGUCAGUUUGACAUGAAAGACAUGGGUCUUGCGGACGUUAUUCUUGGUAUUAAGAUCACAAGGACUUCUGAGGGAAUCACCUUAUCUCAGGAGCAUUAUGCUGAAAAGAUACUUGAGCGGUUCAAGAAGUAUUCGAAUGGAACUGCGAAAACUCCAGUGGAUACACAAUUGCACUUGACUAAAAACUCUGGAUUUUCACGGUCCUACAGUCUUAAAGCCCGUGGAAGCCUGACUAGCAACCUUGUUGAGCGCACCCUUGUUAGGGUUAAACCUGUCUUUCGUUCUCCAGAGUCAUAUGAACUCGUGGAUCUGGGUUUGCCUCUUGUUCAGCAGGCACCUCAGGUUUUCUCAACGAGACACUUUGCCAGAUUCAGCGUGGUCAGGAAGAAGUGCAUCUUCUGCUGCCACUGCUUGAAAUUCGUGCCAUCGAAUUUGUCAGGCGUAAGCGCUGCGGAUAUGUUGCUUGGCAGAGUUGGUGAAGGAGUGUCACAAGUUGAAUUACUUCCGUGCAUACGCAACGAGGAUGAAGAGCCUUAUCUCACGCCGGAAGAGGAGUUACGCCGCAUGACGGAACAAGUCGAAGAAAGCCAGGAUACAGAUUUUGAAUUUGUCAAGUUUAUCAAAGGCAAUCUUCAUGAAACUGGUUGUCCUGCUGUAAUGUAUUUCAUUACCUUUCAAGGUAAAGCUUCUUCUGAUGAUGAGCCAAAAGAGUUCCGAGCAAAGGUCUGCUAUUUCUGUUAUGAACCGAACAUGUACCACUCCUGCGAGCUCAAACCUGAGAAAAAGCCCAAAGCAGUAAACAAACUGCCGAAACAAGCGCACCACAAGCGCAAACAAAGAACAGAGGAUCUCACCAACCGCAAGACUAGAAACUACUGCCAACUGAAGAAAAGCAGAAAAAGACCAGCACAACAACAAAAGCUCCAAAACCCGCAGGAAAAGAAAGCCACCUGGGAAAAACGCCAAGAAGAUCAACAACUCUUACACACGGACACUGUGAAUACCAGCCUCUGCGACCUACAGAACAGAGACUCCCACCUCCUCGCAAGAGAAGACUUGAAGAUCGAAACCGCUGCAUCGUCAAAGAACCCAAUCCCAAAAGGAGAGAAAGCCUAG